CACGACAAAGUGUAGAAAAUCGAUUUUGCCCUCAUUUCGUCGAUGUAAAAGACGGUGCUUUGCAUUUUUAGUUUAGAAAUCUUAUUUAUAAAAACUUACAAGUUAUAUUACUCAAAAAACAGAAGAUUUACAAGUUUAAGGUGUUCAAGUGAAAAUUUGGGACAAAGCGCUGCAUCAUGAGCCGCUGGGAUCAAAGAACCGAAGGACCUCCUCGGGUGAAGCGUGGUGAUGAGGAGCAACAUCGGCGAGACGACGAAGAAAAAUGCUUCCGGCGAAGUCGGAGCAGAUCCCGAUCCUCCUCCCCGGUCGAACGCAGACUGCGGCAGCUGGACGAGGAACGGCGCCGGAAGGAGAGGGAAUUGAGACAGGCAGCGCAUCUGGAACAACAACACACCCAGAAACGAUUGUCAGAUAACAGCUCAAGCGAUGAUUCCAACGAAGCACCACAACCAGCUCCGACGGUGGGCUCGUUGAAACCGAAAAUAGGAUUCGGUUUCCAAAAACCAUCCGCUGGCCUGAGUAAUCCCGGUGGCGGCAGGUCCGCGAUGGGCUUCCAGUUUCAACAGAACAGCAAUAGCAAAUCGAGCGCUAUCCAGCUGAAGCUGGGAACGGCACCAAAGAAAGAAACGCCGAAGCUGCUGAAACCGGUGGCCAACGCAUUCGCCAAUGACGACAGCGACGACGAGCCGGAAGAAAUGCCGGCCGAGUGUCGGAUGCGGAUGCGUAACAUCGGCCGAGAAACGCCCACUUCGUCGGGACCAAACUCGUUCGGCAAAACGAAGCAAGGUUUCUGCGAUUCCAAGAAAAUAUUGGAGAAACAGCUCAACUCUCUGGCCGACAGUUAGGCUGCUGCUGCCACAAAAUUAUGAUAAGCAUUAUUGUGAGACCCACAUGCAUAAGUUUAACUUUUAGCAAUUCUUACCUAUUGUAACGGAAUGAGAUUUUUUCCUGUCCCAUAAGUACUCUUUGAUGGUGUUUAUUUUCUAACCAGAACUGCUACUGCUUAAACUUUCCUUUCCCUUCGAUUGAAUUACUGCACAAUUGUCACUUGGAAUAAUUGUGUGUUUUCAGUUUUCACUUAUUGAUCCGAUGGAAAUUACUGAUACUUGUUUACUGUUUUCCUACAUAUAACUUAUCUCUAUCAUAUAUAUCAUACUUUUAUUGACUAUCUGAUAGGUAAAGUGAACCUAUUCGUACGAUUAGACCAAUUUAAUAAAAUGUAAUUUGAAAUCCCA